AUGGCCAAGCUGCGGAUUCUACAGUUGUACUACGACUGUCUGGAGAUGUUUCUUGAUAGGAGAGAUUUUGAGCUGGUCCAGAUGGAUACUGACAGCCUAUAUUUGCGUUAUCGUAUGAUUCUUUGGAAGAAGUGGUGCGUCUGGAGCUGCGGGACAAGUUUCAAACAUGCAGAAAAAGGAUGGUUCACUUGGGACAAAUGGAGUGUGCGCGAACCUGGGUUGGUCAAGCUGGAGUUCAAAGGCACUCGCAUGAUUGCUCUGUGUAGCAUACGUUAUUACGGCGAGGGCGAUAACGAGACCGGAAAGGUAAAUUAAAGUGUCCUCGAAGGAGAUCUCAAAGCGCAAAAUCAAACUGCACUGGGACUGGUACAAAGAGGUACUGGAAGGAGUCUUAAAUACUGCCACGAAAAGAGGAAUGAGAAUGAAUGGCGGGGUGAUGUGCACCUAUGAGCAAAAAAAGCUGGGGCCGAGCGCGUACUAUGACAAACGGUGGAUGCUCAAAGACGGGAUCCACACGGAGCCGCUUGAAUAUCACAUCAAGGAAGAGGCGUGACAGGCAGAGCUGUAGGAGAUGCUAUAAGUGGAGUGGCAGCUCGGUGUUGGCAGGCACAACAAGAAGUUCCUCGCGAACGAAGCCCCGUUUGUGGCCAUUAUACAAAUAAUACAAAAUCGGCUCAUUGGGUUUGGUGAUGGGUUUUUCGAUAUGGUACACUUUCCUUUCGCCUUCAAGCUCAUCGGGUUUGUAGAGAUGACUCCAACCGCCGCAGAGGGGAGCCGUUUUUCGUUCAUCCCGACAGGUCUGUGGUAA